AUGCGCACCUUCAGACUGGCAAUGGCACAGAUGAACGCUACCGUCGGAGACUUCGACGGUAACGCCGAGCGCAUAAUUACAAGCAUCCACGAAGCCCGCGCCCUCGGCGCAGACCUCAUCGCCUUCCCCGAGCUCGCGCUCCCCGGAUACCCGCCUGAAGACCUGCUGCUGAAGCCCCAGUUCAUUCGAGAAAACCGCGAACGCCUCGGCCUGAUUGCCGCCGAAUGCAGGGACAUCGCCGCCGUAGUCGGAUACAUAGACGCCGACACCGACAUAUACAACGCAGCCGCCCUAAUCCACGACGGCGAGAUUGUCGGCUCUUACCGCAAGAUGUACCUGCCCAAUUACGGCGUCUUCGACGAAGACCGCUACUUCGCGGCAGGAAGCGAAUGUCCUGUAUAUACCGUCAACGGCUCGCCAGUUGGCGUCAACAUCUGCGAAGACAUCUGGUAUGCCACCGGCCCCGCAGUUGUGCAGCGAGCCGCCGGCGCCGAACUCAUCGUGAACAUCAACGGCUCACCCUUCCACGCAGGAAAGCGCGCCUUCCGUGAAAAGAUGCUGGCAACCCGCGCCUCUGACAAUGGCCUAUUCGUCGCCUAUGUGAACUUGGUUGGCGGACAGGAUGAGCUGGUAUUCGACGGCGCGAGCAUAAUCUUCGGACCCGACGGCGAAGUCGUAGCUCGGGCGGGCCAGUUCGAGGAGCAGAUUCUCAUUGCCGACCUCGAAGUCGAAGCGGUUUUCCGUUCCCGCCUGCGAGACCCGCGCACCCGCAAGGAACGCGCCACCGACCUCGCCCACAUCGGCAAGCCCAUCCAGCCGCUCGACGAGACAGCCGAAGUCUAUGCCGCGCUCACGCUCGGCACGCGCGAUUAUGUACGGAAGUGCGGCUUCGGCAAGGUGCUCAUCGCCCUAUCAGGCGGCAUAGACUCCACGCUUGUCGCCGCAGUAGCGGCAGAUGCUCUUGGCAGCGACAACGUGGUAGGCCUCGCAAUGCCUUCGCGCUAUUCGUCCGAAGGCAGCAUCCUUGACGCAAUGGCGCUGACCGACAACUUGGGCAUAGAGCUUUGGACACUCCCAAUCGAGGACGCCUUCAACGCCUACCUCGGCACUCUCGCGCCAAAGUUCGAGGGGACAGAGCCAGGUGUCGCCGAAGAAACGUGCAGUCCCGCAUACGGGGCAACCUGA